AUAGGGGGCGCGGUGCGGGGAGAGAGCGGCCGCCGCUCUGUCCCGCCCCUCCCCGGACUCGAUGGUGCCCCCCAGACACGGAAGCGCCGUGGCAGCGGGAGGCCCCGGCUCGCUCCGCGAAGGGCCCCGGCGCCCGGGCGCGGGAGGCAGGACGGAGUGGAAGUGAAGAUGACUACAGCAGUUUUACCAGGCAGCCCUCUGCCUUCACAAGGGGACGGAAACGUUUAUUACAUCUUGACAGACGAUUUUCCAUAUGGCAGCAAGUUCUUUCACGCUGGGAGCAUGUGCUUCCUCAAAGAGAGGAAUUAUUUGCACAGUAUCGCCUGUGGCCCGACUACAACUCGCUACUUGAGGGUCACCAUGCUGGAUGACAAUUCCAUAACCACUAUCGAUCCAGAAAUUCUUCAGCCUGUGAAGGAGGAGGAAGCUGUUUUCCUUCUGGCCAUCAACAUCCUCAAUGAGCGCUUGAACUGUUUCCUGGACAGGUGUAGCCUUGAAGCAGCGGUGAAGGCUACAGUGGGUCAACAGGUGGUGGUGGAUCUCAACCAUCAACAGUUCACUGGCACCAUCCGCUACAUUGGGAAGAUCAGCAAGAGCCCUUUGUCCUCUCCGCUCUGUCCAUCCUACUUUGGGGUGGAGUUACAGGGUGAUGGUGAAGGCAGAGGCCACAGUGAUGGCACCUAUAAUGUCUCUGAGUAUUUCAAGUGUAAGCAGAACCAUGGGCUCUUUCUGCCGCUUAACAAAAUCCGGUUUAUCCCGGCGCUGGGCGGCGACCCAGUGAGAGAGGAGCCCAAACCGGAUGUGGACAAGGUUGUUCCUGUAAAAGCAGGAGACACAAUUGGCUUCUACCUGGAUGAUGUCUUCAGACAAGGCAUAGCUAUGGACGUGUACAAGGAGGGAACCCAGUGGCUUGUGAAAGUUUGCCCGGAAGAAGAAGGACCAACAGAUGUUUUCAGAGACAUCCCUAUGGACUCUGUUGUGAAGGAAGGGCUGCUCUCCCCAGUAUUUGAGCCAGACAUGGCCCUGGGAUCUCAGAGACAAAUGAAGCGAGAGAGAAGCGAGAGUGGAGAGGAAUUGGAAAGUAGAAAACAAUCCCUGGAUGUGAACUCCAUGGUACAGAUAACCUUAGACAAGGGGAAUCCAGUCUCUGGAAUCAUCCGCUGGUUGGGGUACAUGCCCAAAAUUGAGCACAAAAUGGCAGGAGUUGAAUUGGAUGAAGAGAAGGGGGUCACAGAUGGUGAAUGGCUAGGCACACGCUACUUCCACUGCCCCCCAAAGCGGGGCCUCUUUGUGAAGCUUCAGUCAUGCCAGCCCGACAUGCGCUUCCAGUGUGUGAGCAGCAGCCUCCUGGACCCCAGCACUUCCAGUCAGAUGGAUAGUCCUCAGGUUCUGGCUAAUUUUCCUCCUCUCAGGAAUGGCACAGCCGUGCUUGUUUUACAAGGGCGCAUGAGAGGGAUUCAAGGCCAUUGCAACUCCUGCUACAUGGAUGCUGCUCUUUUCAGCCUCUUCUCCUGCACUUCUGUGCUAGACUCCAUGCUCUUCAAGCCCUCCCUCCCACCCGAGGGGCACGUCCAGAAGAUCCUCCGGGAUGAGAUUGUGAAUCCCCUCCGACGGAAUGGCUUUGUUGCCGCUAAUAGCGUGAUGCAUCUAAGGCAGCAGUUGACGGAGAAGGGCCAGUGCUCGAGCUUUGCCACGUCUGAGAAAGACCCCGAGGAGUUUCUCAAUCUCAUCAUGCAUCACAUCCUGGGAAUAGAGCCACUACUGAAACUGCAGUCUGGAGGCCAGAAGGAGCAGGAGUGUUACUGUUACCAGAUAUUCAUAGACAAGCAAGAGGAGCUGGUCGUGCCCAAUGUGCAGCAGUUAGUGGAACAUUCCUUCCUGUCUUCCAAUCUCAAGCUAGUGGAGAUCCCCUCCUGUUUCAUUAUCCAAAUGCCACGGUUCGGGAAGGAAUAUAAAAUGUUCAGCAAAAUCAUUCCCUCCCUGGAGCUGGACAUCACUGACCUGCUGCUCGACAGUCCCCGGGAGUGCUUUGUGUGUGGGGACAUAGCCACCCAGGAGUGUUCCGAGUGCUUCAAAGACGAGAUGUUUGCAGUUACCGGGAUGAAGCAGUACUGCAAGUCCUGCUGCAGACAGGCUCAUUCUCAUUACCGGCGCAAAGCACACAGGCCAACAAAACUGCAUAUCCCUGAGGAGUUUCAGGGCAGGAGCCACAUAGACAGCCCCCGAAUCCCACGGGAGAGGAUGGAGCUCUUUGCAGUGCUCUGCAUAGAGACCAGUCACUAUGUCUCCUUUGUGAAGUACGGGCCAGAGAAAGAGAACUGGCUGUUCUUCGACAGCAUGGCUGACAGGCAUGGUGAUGAGAAUGGCUUCAACAUUCCCAUUGUAACGCUGUGCCCUGAAGUUGCCAAAUACUUGCAAUUGCCAGUGGCAGCACUGGCUAUGGAGCAGCCCCGGGACAUGGAAGGCGUGGCCAAACGCCUCUUCUGUGACGCCUACAUGUACAUGUACCAGAGCAAGAAGAUGGCACUUUACAAAUGACACCAGCCUGGGCUGGGAGAGACCCAGGUACUCUAGUGCGGAGCCGUGAGACACUGGAAAUGGAGGCUUGGUUCAAACCAGACAGUAGCUGCCUGCAGCUGCUAAUUGAGAAAACCCAGCUAGAGUCCAGGUCAAGUGACCUUUCAGUUUUGCCUCUGCUAACCUCUUCCGAAGUCGAGCGUUAGACUGUUGAUAAGAGCAGCAUUCAGUGGUGGAAAGCCUGUGGCCAGCGUUAGCGGAGUUACAGUUUGGACCUUCUGCAAAUCCACACUCUCAACCACUGUUUACACUUUCACAUAUCCUGAGUGAGAGAACUUCACCUUUAUCCCAUUCCCCUGCCCACACCUCAGAUUUCUAUCAUCCUUCCUUCUCCAGACCCUCUCUACAGCUCUGGGCCCACCAGAACUCUUCCAGCCUUCCCUUCUCCCAGUUACCUCUUCCCCAAAGCUCAGGAAUCAAGAAGCCCAAGUCAAGGCAUGAGUUGUGACUCUCAGAUUUUCAACAGAGCACAAGAGAGCUGCACUAGGCCUCUGGGUGACAUCUCAGCUCAUGGGCUUCCUGAAUGUAAAUGCAAAAGUGUCUCCUAGACGGUCAGGAGUCAAACAUCUCAGGAAGGGAAUUGUGCUCAGAUCUGCACUAAAUUCUGGGGUAUGUGACUAUGAUGCUGAGGUUUCAGUAACGGGCUGUUCUGAAUAUCCCCAUUCCCUGGUCGCAGACCUGCACUUCCUUAUUUAUAACUCCCUUGUGUUCCUUUACUCCCACUGUUCAGCAGUAAUGUUUCUGACACUCUGCUUAACAGCAGUAGCACUUUUUGUUGGAAGUCCCCUCUUUUUAGACAUGGUUCAAGACUGGAAGCUUUGUGUCGCUCUUUCAAGCGGCACUUUGAACAAAAAUAUAAUUUUAAGAACAAAAGUGGGGCAGAUACAGUCAAAACCAGCAUAGGAAUGUCCUCCCUCAAAGGCUGUGUGAUUGCUCGGAGCAUGUGGCUUUCUUGCUGGAGCUCAUCAUUUUAAAACUCACUGCUCUGGUUUCCAGAGGUCCAUGUGGAAGAGCAAUAACCAAACAAACCUCCCAGAAAAAAUGCUUUUUAAAAAUUAACAUGUUCAGGUUUUCUGCCCAUAACAGGACUAAAGGUAAGAAUCUUUAUGGGGGAAGUUAUUGGCUUUUAACUUUUUUAAAACAGCAAAGUUAACCUUUGCGAAUUUGGUACUUAGCCUGCAGCAAAGUUUCUGUUCACCUUAUGCUGGUAGGAGGCCCCUAGGAGAGCCUGUGCUAUGGACCAGAUUGCCCAAACUUCACCCAACCAAAGUCCACAUGGACAACUUGUCAAGAAGCUGAGGGGUGCCCCGAAUGGGUGUAGAACAGGUAGCUGAUUGCAGCUGCCCUCUUAUACAUGUGGCAUGGCAGCUGCAACUCACAGCAUGUAACACUACCUUGAUCAGAGUAACCUGUCUGUGGGGUCAAGCUGGGCACAGAUGGGGGAAGUCAUGGUUCAUUGCAAAUGGGUUGCAUUUGGCCCAUCUCUGGCCACCCUGUUUUUAACCAGAGCAGUGCUAAACAUGAGUGUUAGAUGAUAACAGCUUGUUGAGUUAAUAUGCCAUUUUGAACACAUUGUUCUGUUUCCAUGUGGAGGGCCCCUUUCAGCUGUUGGGAAAAUUAUCCACAUAAUGAGCUUGGAUUUUCCAAAAGGCCUUGAGAACGAGAGCAAAUGCUGUUACCUUAGCUGGCUUUCCAAACAAGCACAGAAACCAGAGAGUGACUGAUGCAAGCCAGAAAAUUCAGAGUGAGGCUGAUGCCCCUUCUCAACUCAAAAAUGUCAUCCUUGAUUUUGAAGUUUUCAUCCUUAGGGGCUGAUCCUGACUGGUGCUGAGCACCUAUAAUUCCCAUUGCCAUGGGGUUUGUGGGUGCUCUGCCCCUCUCAGCAUUGCUUGCUAUUUAAAUCCAUGUUAGAUCCUGUGUUUGCACCAUGCCUGGGAGCGAAGCUUUUGCGGUUUCUAAGGUAACAGUAAUAGUGUUGGUUAGUGUUGUAUGGCACAUGGGCUCCAGGAGUACAGGAGGUUUGAAAGCCUCCAGCAGAUCCCAGCCCCAAAUACCUUCUCCCAUAUAGCUGGUUUCUGUUAACAUAUCAGGUAUGUGUUCUCCAGGUGCCCUGUGCUUCUCUUGUCUCUUAGCUGGUCUUGUAUGAACUUCAAGUUCCUCCACUCACUCCCAGCUCCACCAUGGCUAAUUCGGUGCUUCUGUCUGAGGAAGUCAGGAGAGCUUUAGGCCACAGGGCUCCCUCAGCAAUGGGAUUCCUUUAGCCAACCCACCUCCUCGCUUUUAUCCUUCUUGCUCACUGCAGUUAUGUCUCGGGCAGGAAGAUCAAACUUCCUCAAAGUGGGGGUUGCUGGGUUCUCCCGCUCUCUAAUGUAAACUUGCUGUGACUAAUGCCCUGUUAACUAUAGGGCAGUAGAAACCUCUUUGUCUGCUCUCUUUCAAAGCCAUGAGGAACUGUUCAGGCCCAAUUUCCAUAUGACAUUUCUUAACAGCUCUGGCCUCUUUUCUCAGGUAUAUCAUGGGCUGGGGUUCUGUGUCUCAAGGAGCCAUCCUGUGGUUUCUUAGGGUGCGAGUUAGCUCUUGUUACGAAUUAAACCAGAGGCCAUGCUAUUAUCAGAGUAGCGAAUUACACCACAUAGGUCACGUACAAAUUGGGUCUAGGCUGAGGCACAUAAACGAGUCACAACUCAUCAAUCUUUGCAAAGUUUCUGUUUAUUACGCUCGAGCGUGGUGCCCCCCUGCUAGUCAGAAGGGGACCCUAUGCAUUGUCUACACACCAUAUAUAUAUGAGUAGGUGAUACAUGCAGCCCUCGUGCCCGAACCCCUCCGCGAAUCAGUAGGUCCCGUUAUCCUCGUACACAGAGUCCUGCAGCCAAUGGGUAAAACCUAUUAUUGUGCUAUGCAAGCCUAACCUUCUCCUGCGAUAACAUGUUUACACAAAAUUUUGCUAGCUCCAGGCCUUUUUCAUAACAGUUUCUUAUCUUGUCGAACGAGUCAAGGCCAGGACAGACUACUACAGAGCCAUAGAAAUCAGAGGUCUGUUAGAUCUCUUGUAAAAGAUUUAACAGGCCUAUGGUUUCUAACAGUCCCUCCUUUUCUUUUGUACAUCAGUUAACUAUAUUAGGGCAGAAGAAACCCGAUGACAACACUCUUCUGGGAUUUUACAGUGUAAAUAGUGACUAUGGGAUGAUUUUUACUUCGGAUAUUUGUGUGAUUUGUUUCCCUUUAUAUUGCUAAGCACAAGACACCUUUUUUUAAUUGUCAGAAGUGCCUUCUUGACCUGAUAUAGAUUCUGCACAGGGGACAGAACAAGCCAUGCUUUCUAAAAGAGCUGAUCCAGGGCACAAGCUCUGUAGAGUUUCCACUGUUUUCUCUCCCUCUCCCUCCCCUGCCCCCAUGCAUAUUGCAAAAAUACCAAAGCAGCUUUCAGCACUUUUGAAAUCAAUUUCUCUGUUCAGGACAAGAGUUGGUGGGAUGCACAAAUCCAGUUGGAUUUCCCUCCAUUCAUUGUGCAUUAGGAACGUCCAUCAGUAAGUCAAUGCAGAAUCCUAAAAACUAAAGGUGGAAAGGUUUUAGUUGCAGAACAAGUGGAAGCCAUUCACUUUCACCUAUGGAUGCUGCAUGAUUUGUGACAUGUCAACUAGCUUGUAAUGCUGAGAAAGUCCAGACUCCAGAUAGCAGAUUGACUUCACGUGGAAUAACCCAGUCACUGCUCUGAUGCCUGAUAAAUCAGACAGGAAUAAUGUGCAUUAGCCUCCCUCAGUGCUCCCGUUCUAGUAUAUUGCUUGGUUGAUGUUUUCUGUACUGUUUAAACCUCUGCAUAUUUUACAGAUUUGUUUCUGUUCUUUGAUGAUUGAUGUGUAAGUCUCCUCUUCUUUCUGUGGUUACUGUAACUUUGCCUUAAACUGAUUUGGGGAGAAGAA